UUCCUGCAGUGGUGUGUUGGUGUGGAGAGUUUCCUCCUCCUCCUCUCUGCAGACUUCAGUCUCUGAAACAGUGACAAGACUUCACCACCUGAGUGGAAGAAGGAGUUUACAUCAUGGCCUUGAACCUCACCAUCAACACGAGCAACCCGCCUCUAGGUGCGCUGCUGGCAGCCGAGCAUCUGAAGGGCAGUGUCCAGGUGUCGGUGGAGGAAGGCAAAGACAACCGCCUUCAAGUCUCAGAUGCGAUCCAGUUCAAUGAUGCCAACUCCAUUAGUCGGUACUUGGCCCGGGUGGCUCCUGCUCUUGGCCUCUACGGAGCCAACAUGAUGGAGCAGACUGAGGUUGACCACUGGUUGGAGUUCAGCGCUCGCUGUCUUUGUGGCCAGCCCAGUUUGACCGUUGGGCUGGGGGAACUGGAUCUGGCCCUUUCCCUCCGCACAUUCCUGGUCGGACAUGCCGUCACCCUGGCGGAUCUCUCUGUCUGGGCUGCCCUGAAAGGUCAUGAGGGAUGGCCAAGCCAGGGCAAAUCCUUCUCCCACGUCAAUCGCUGGUUCUCCUUCCUGAGCUCACAGGUUGCCUUCACUGCAGUGGACAACAAGUACACCACUAAGAAAGCCUCAACGACCAAAUCCAAUUCGAGCGAAAAGAAGGCGGAUGUCGGAAAGUUUGUGGAAUUGCCAGGAGCUGAGAUGGGCAAUGUGGUGGUUCGAUUCCCUCCUGAGGCCAGCGGAUACCUGCACAUUGGCCAUGCCAAGGCUGCUCUGCUCAACCAGCACUACCAGCUCACAUUCAAAGGCAAGCUCAUCAUGCGCUUUGACGACACCAACCCAGAGAAGGAGAAGGAGGACUUUGAGAAGGUCAUCCUGGAAGAUGUCGCAAUGCUCCAGAUUAAACCCGACCAGUUCACCUACACCAGCGACCAUUUCCCCCUCAUAAUGCGUCUUGCUGAACAGAUGCUAACUGAGGGCAAGGCCUACAUCGACAACACCCCCCAUGAGCAGAUGAAGCUGGAGAGGGAGCAGCGCAUUGAGUCCAGCUGCAGAAAUAACACGGUGGAGCAGAACUUGAAGAUGUGGGCUGACAUGAAAGCUGGAACAGAGAGUGGUCAGACUUGCUGCAUGAGGGCCAAGAUUGACAUGAAGUCCAACAACGGCUGCAUGAGAGAUCCCUGCCUGUACCGCUGCAAGACGGCUAGCCAUCCCCGAACUGGAAACACCUACAACGUCUACCCAACAUACGACUUUGCCUGCCCCAUCGUGGACAGCUUGGAGGGUGUGACCCAUGCUCUUAGGACCACCGAGUACCACGACCGUGACGAUCAGUUCUACUGGAUAAUCGAUGCCUUGCGGAUGAGAAAACCCUACAUUUGGGAGUAUGCCAGACUCAACCUCAACAACACAGUGCUGUCGAAAAGAAAGCUCACCUGGUUUGUCGAUCAGGGAUACGUCGAUGGAUGGGACGACCCUCGCUUCCCCACUGUCAGAGGAAUCCUGAGGAGAGGAAUGACUGUGGAGGGUCUGAAACAGUUCAUAGCAGCCCAGGGAGGAUCAAGAUCAGUGGUGAACAUGGAGUGGGACAAGAUCUGGGCUUUCAAUAAGAAGGUGAUUGAUCCAGUAGCCCCCAGAUACACAGCUCUGUCCACCUCAUAUGUGGUUCCUGUUUCCAUCUCAGAGGCAAAGGAGGAGAUGAAGGAAGUGGCCAAACACCCAAAGAACACAGAGGUGGGCAUGAAGGAGGUCUGGUACGGACCCCGAGUUCUGAUUGAAGGAGCAGAUGCUGAGACUUUCUCAGAGGGGGAGAUGGUCACCUUCAUCAACUGGGGCAACCUCAUCAUCACCAAGAUCAACAAAGCGGCUGACGGUAAAGUUGUGUCCAUGGAGGCUCGUCUGAACCUGGACAACAAGGACUACAAGAAGACAACAAAGAUCACUUGGCUGGCUGAUACAACCAGCGCCCCACUUCUGCCCACCCUCUGCAUCGUCUACCUGCCUCUCAUCUCCAAAGCUGUCAUCGCCAAAGAGGACGACUUCAAAGACUACAUUAAUAAAAACAGCAAGUUGGAAGAGAAGAUGCUUGGAGAUCCCUGUCUGAAGAACCUGAAGAAAGGCGACAUCAUCCAGCUCCAGAGACGAGGCUUUUACAUCUGUGACCAGCCCUAUGAGCCAGUCAGCCCUAACAGCUGUAAGGAGAGCCCCUGUGUCCUGCUCUACAUUCCUGAUGGUCACACCAAGGAGAUGCCGAUUGCUGGAUCCAAGGACAAAGGCAAGAGCCAGAACGCCAGCAAAACACCCGCCACGCCCACCAAGGCUGCCCCUAAGUCUGCCCAAGCACCUGCCCCUAAGUCUGCCCAAGCACCUGCCCCUAAGUCUGCCCAAGCACCGGCCUCAGCCUCAGCUGGUGACCUGCUCUCCAGCAUUGUUGCUCAAGGUGAAGCUGUCCGCCAGCUAAAGACUGCCAAAGCCCCUAAAACUGAUGUGGACAAGGCCGUUCAGCAGCUGCUCUCUCUCAAGGCUCAGUUUAAAGAGCAGACAGGUAUGGACUACAAGCCAGGUAUGGCCCCUCCCACCUCAGCUCCAACACCACCCACAUCUUCAUCAGACCCCACCUCCUGUCCAUUCACCCGAGUGACCCAGCAGGGUGAGCUGGUCAGGAAACUGAAGGCAGAGCAGGCACCCAAGGACCAGGUUGACGUAGCGGUGAAGCAACUCCUCGCUCUAAAGGCGGAGUUUAAAAAGAUGACUGGUCAGGAUUACAAACCAGGGAUGGCCCCGCCCACUGCCGCCGCUUCCCCUGCUCCUUCCCCUGUGACCAACUCUUCUUCAGGUCUUUAUGAGCGCGUUUCACAGCAGGGGGAGGUCGUGAGGAAACUGAAGUCUGAGAAAGCCCCCAAGGAUCAGGUAGAUGCUGCAGUGAAGCAGCUGCUUGCCCUGAAGGCAGAGUACAAACAGCUCACAGGUCAGGACUACAAGCCGGGGGCCGCUCCAGUUCAGAAAACCCCUGCUCCAGUCCAGAGCAGCCCCAGCCCUGCCCCUGCUGCCACCGGCCUCCAAGAGAAGGUUGCUGAACAGGGAGAAGUGGUCAGGAAACUGAAGACUGAAAAAGCUCCCAAGGAUCAGGUAGAUGCUGCAGUGAAGCAGCUGCUUGCCCUGAAGGCAGAGUACAAACAGCUCACAGGUCAGGACUACAAGCCGGGGGCCGCUCCUGUUCAGAAAACCCCUGCUCCAGUUCAGAAGACCCCUGCUCCAGUCCAGAGCAGCCCCAGCCCUGCCACUGCUGCCACCGGCCUCCAAGAGAAGGUUGCUGAACAGGGAGAAGUGGUCAGGAAACUGAAGACUGAAAAAGCUCCCAAGGAUCAGGUAGAUUCUGCAGUGAAGCAGCUGUUGGCUCUAAAGGCAGAGUACAAACAGCAGACUGGAAAGGAUUACAAACCAGGAGCCCCAGCUAGUCCUGCCCAGACCAGCUCCUCCUCCACCAAGUCCAGUUCUUGUCCACAGUCCCAGGAGCUGUUCUCACAGGUGUCCCAACAGGGAGAGCUGGUGAGAAAGUUGAAGUCUGAGAAGGCCCCCAAGGAUCAGGUGGAUGAAGCUGUGAAGAGUCUUCUGGACAUGAAGAACAAGUACAAGACUCUUACGGGAGAGGACUACAAACCAGUGGCUGCUGCUGGAGGUCCUGGCGGAGAGGACAAAAACCGCAAGGAGAAGGAGAAUAAGUCUGAGAAGCAGGGAGGUGGAGGUGGAAAGAAGAGUAAAGGAGAGAAGGCCGGGCAAGGCAAAGAGUCUGCAGGAGGUGCUGGAGGAGCAGGAGAUGGUCAAGGAGCCAAGAAACAAACACGGUUGGGCUUGGAGGCUAAGAAAGAGGAGAACCUGGCUGACUGGUACUCUCAGGUCAUUACUAAAGCAGAGAUGAUCGAGUAUUAUGAUGUUAGCGGCUGCUACGUGCUGCGGCCCUGGGCCUUCUCAAUCUGGGAGUCUAUUAAAGAGUUCUUUGACCGGGAAAUUAAGAAACUCGGUGUGGAGAACUGCUACUUCCCCAUGUUCGUUUCUCAAGCCGCACUCGAGAAGGAAAAGUCCCACAUCGCAGACUUUGCUCCAGAGGUUGCCUGGGUAACCCGGUCAGGAAAAACUGAGCUGGCAGAGCCUAUUGCUGUCAGACCCACCAGUGAGACAGCGAUGUAUCCGGCAUACGCUAAAUGGGUCCAGUCCCACAGAGACCUGCCAAUCAAACUCAACCAGUGGUGUAAUGUUGUGAGAUGGGAGUUCAAACACCCUCAGCCUUUCCUGAGGACAAGAGAGUUCCUGUGGCAGGAGGGACAUUCAGCAUUUGCCACCCAAGAGGAGGCUGCUGAGGAGGUGCUUCAGAUCCUGGAUCUGUACGCCAGGGUGUAUGAAGAGCUGAUGGCGAUCCCUGUGGUGAAGGGGAGGAAGACAGAGAAGGAGAAGUUUGCAGGCGGAGAUUACACCACGACUGUGGAGGCUUUCAUCUCUGCCAGUGGGCGAGCCAUUCAGGGUGCUACAUCUCACCACCUUGGCCAGAACUUCUCCAAGAUGUUUGAGAUCGUUUUUGAGGAUCCCAAGAGGCCGGGCGAGAAGCAGUUUGCUUUCCAGAACUCCUGGGGGAUCACAACCAGAACCAUCGGUGUCCUCACCAUGGUCCAUGGAGACAACAUGGGACUUAUACUGCCACCCAGGGUCGCCUGCCUGCAGGUGGUCAUAAUCCCAUGUGGAAUCACUGCCUCUCUACCAGAGGCAGAGAAGGAGGUGUUGUUGGCCCAGUGCGCCAAAUACCUGAGCAGGCUGCUGGACGCUGGCAUCAGGGUGAAGUCUGACAUCCGAGAUAACUACUCCCCAGGAUGGAAGUUCAACCACUGGGAACUCAAGGGAGUUCCUAUUCGUCUGGAGGUUGGCCCUAAAGACAUGCAGCAGCGUCAGUGCGUUGCAGUGAGGAGAGACUCUGGUGCAAAAGUGACGAUUCCAGAGGCAGAGGCAGAGACAAAGCUUGCUGCCAUGCUGGAGGACAUCCAGACCUGCCUGUUCAAAAAAGCUUCAGAUGACCUGAACAGUCACAUGGUGGUUGCACACUCGAUGGAGGAGUUCCAGAAAGAGUUGGACCAGGGCAAGAUUGUGCAGAUCCCAUUCUGUGGAGAAAUCGAUUGCGAGGAUUCCAUCAAGAAAACCACUACCAAGGACCAGGACCUGGAGCCUGGAGCUCCAUCCAUGGGAGCCAAGAGCCUCUGUAUUCCCUUCUCUCCCCUGAAGACGCUGCAGCCUGGUCAAGUGUGCGUCAACUGCAACAAGCCAGCCAAGUACUACACCAUGUUUGGACGCAGCUACUGAGAACAUGGAGGAUGAGGAGAAUAGUUCCUAGCCUUUCCGUUUUUUUUUUAUUUCCUGUUGGUGUCCGGGUUAUUAGGGAUAUGGCUGUAAUUGGAUGGUGGUUUUGUUUCUGUAUUUCUUUCACAUGUCAAUAUUGUUGCAAUGCAUCUGUAAGGAUGUGAGGGUAAAAAGAAAGUUGCCUCUUUAUUACGUUCUGAGAGUAAGGACUGGUGCAGUUUCUCCCCUCCUCUCUAACGGCCAUAUCAGGAGAACGCUCACUGUCCAGAAGUGGUUUGUAAAAGAAUGGAAGUCCCCAACAGUAACCUGUCACAUAACAACUCCUCCCUGUCGGGCAGGUUUGUCAUCAUAUAACAUGUCAUCUGUUGGAGUCCUUCUAAAUACCACUAUUUAAAUUGUAAGAGCAGCUGCUGGAUUUGGAAAUGUCUAAAUUAUUGCUCUAUUUUUUUCAUUUUUUAUAACCCCAAUUAAAACAAAUAAUAUUUAGCGUUCUUUUUAUAACCAUAUUUUUGUCAGCAUUGAUAAAUUGAGAGGCCUUUUUGAAAUCUGUCAAAACCCAAAAUUUGUACCAAUGGAGAGGGAAAAAAACAUCCUGAGUAACAUGUUGUCAUCAUCUGUCUGGGUAGAAGCUCUCUUUACUUACCUUCACUCUCGUCUCUCGCAGCCACUCUGUCUCAGGAACUCCAGGUAUUCAGGCUUGUAGGUGGGGUGUUACUCUCACUGAUCUGUCAUCCGCCCUCCGUCUGUUUGUAUGACUGGUUUCAGAGUGUGGCUCAAUGCAAAUCCUUCAGAUCACCAGAGCCCAAUGACGUAUAGCUGUGAGGAACUAUGUGUGAGCACAAUACCAAGUAAUGUGGCCUUCUGCCACAUCUCUCCUGUGAAAGAAUUCUACAACUUGUCUAUAAUAAUAAAAUUAUAAUAAACAAGAAUCCAUAGCAAAGUAAUGUGUGUUUUUUUUUUUUUAAAUGUCUUUAAAAGAUUGAGAAUAAAUUCACUGCAUUCUUAUUGCC